CGGGGACGGCUGGAGUCCGGGCAGGCUUCUCUCCCGCACCUCUCUCCACGCCCCCCUUUCAAUGCUGCCCGGAGGCUCCACUCCACCUUCACCGAGGCUGUGCCCGCCGAGAAGGGCUCUACGGGCGGCAAAGCCCGUUUGCUAGAUGAGCGCACUGAACCUCAAGGGGGCUCACGGACUUGGUGCUCCGCCCUCGUCCCUUAGGGUCGGAGAGCCUGGAGCAUCACCCUUCCCAAGUUGCCUCGCGGCCCCUCACCUGCCCAGCCGAGUCAAGCUCACUGCCUCUGUCUCCCCCCGUCAGCGCACCCCCGGACGCUAUGGCCCACCCCUCCGGCUGGCCCCUCGUGUAGGAUGGUAGCACACAACCAGGUGGCAGCCGACAAUGCAAUCUCCACGGCAGCAGAGCCCCGACGGCGCCCGGAGUCUUCCUCCUCCUCCUCCUCCUCUAACUCCUCUGCGCCCGCGGCCCCGGCGCGCCUUCGGCCCUGCCCGGCGGCCCCGGCCCCGGCCCCCGGUGACACGCACUUCCGCACGUUCCGCUCGCACGCCGACUACCGGCGCAUCACGCGCACCAGCGCGCUCCUCGAUGCCUGCGGCUUCUACUGGGGACCUCUGAGCGUGCACGGGGCGCACGAGCGGUUGCGUGCCGAGCCCGUGGGCACCUUCCUGGUGCGCGACAGCCGCCAGAGGAACUGCUUCUUCGCCCUCAGUGUGAAGAUGGCCUCGGGCCCCACGAGCAUCCGCGUGCACUUCCAGGCCGGCCGCUUCCACCUGGACGGCAGCCGCGAGAGCUUCGACUGCCUCUUCGAGCUGCUGGAGCACUACGUGGCGGCGCCACGCCGCAUGCUGGGCGCCCCGCUGCGCCAGCGCCGAGUGCGGCCGCUGCAGGAGCUGUGCCGCCAGCGCAUCGUGGCCACCGUGGGCCGCGAGAACCUGACGCGCAUCCCUCUCAACCCCGUCCUCCGCGAUUACCUGAGCUCCUUCCCCUUCCAGAUCUGACCGGCCCGUCGUGCACGCAGCAUUAACUGGGUCGCCUUAUUAUUGCCUAUUAUUAAUUAUUAUUAUUUGCCUGGAACUAUAUGGGUACCCUCCCCACUUGGGUUGGAGGGAGCGGGUGUGGGGGCCGCUCUCGGCUGGGGGAGGG